CAUUCACUCCUCGGAGUCCGGUGAAUAUGAUAUUGCGUUUCGCGUUCUUCACCUCGAAGCAUAUCACCUGUCUUCUUACAAUAGCAACAGCUUAACCGUCGUCCUGCCCCCCCCGCGAUUAUUCCCUCAGCCCCUUUUAGAGUCUACUUUCUUUGAUCGCGACGCGAACGGCGCGGGCUUGUGUCUUUGUUUCGCACUCAAGUUCUACAUCCCCCUCUUCCACAACAACUUCCACCAUGGCAUUCAUACGCGACAUUUCAGACCGUUUCUGGAGUUAUGUCAGUCCUCGCAAAACACAGCAGAAGCGCGACAAGGAAUUCAAGGCCAAAGUUCCUCCACUGCCGCGACACACGAGGCAGAUGCCAGAAAUCACGCUCGAUGAGCCCUCUAGCGCCAAAGAGAUGACUCCGGAUACGCUGUUCCAGCGAUGGAAAAUCGCGACGCCGAGUCCCAGGGAGCUAAGGAACUACCACUCGCCGGAUAUGAUCUCACCCUCUCCUCCGUCCUCGCUAGAGCGUGCAUAUACCGACUUUGAAGGCGACACGUUGAUCGACAACAUAGCGCAGACCCUUAAUUCGGAUCCCGCUGAAGAAUGGGACGCCAACGAGGAGACAUAUGUGCUAGACGAAGCCGACUACGUGGAACAGCGCAAACAGCAAGAUGCAGAGUUGGAGCGCCAGCGGCGCGAGCGCCAGGGUCAAGAGCUACGCAAUGCUGGGUGGACCGAAGAUGCGAUCUUCCUCUUCCAGAAGCUGGGGAUGCGUGGGUUUGAGCCUCUUUUACCUGCUACGUGGUUCGCGGAUUUCCCAAUGCUCCCGGCGGACCUGUUUACGAGGAAUAUCGAUAAAGCGUUCGUUAAGCCCAGCUCACCCGACGUCGAAUAUCACGCCUUCCGAGCGCUUGACGAACUAUUCGGCCUGGGUGGUCGCGUUCGAGAUGCAGUCCUUCAGAAAGCUCCUAUCCGCACUGCCGAGAAACAAAUUCGGGCUGCAGUGUUGAAAUAUAACAAAUGGGCGCUCCGCGACGGCAAGAUUGACAAGGUUUGGAGAGAUUCAUCCCUGUUCGAGAUCAUCAGCGUGCCCAAACAUAUCAGCGCCAGCGUGGCCGAGGCCAAGAUGCUGCGAAAACUCAACAAACGUGCAGAACUCUGGCGCGAGGGUUUCGAAGAGAGGAGGAUUCAGAGGAGCAGCCUGAAGAACGGGAAAGAAGCGCAGAAGCUCGAUGAUGAGCCCGAACUUCCGACUCUAUAUGGUGUAGUUGCCUGCCACACCGUCAUGGCCUUCGUCAGCUACGAUUCCCAAGCGACAGUACCUCUUCUCCGGACCGUCGCCAUGUUUGACCUGGGUCAAGAGGGCUAUGACGUCUGGAACUCCCUGGCCAUUGCAAUCUUCGUGAUCCACUGUCGCAACCGCCUGCUGGAAUUGCGGGAUUCGCUGCCUCAGCCAGAACAACCUAGCACACCGAGUGAUCCGGAUGCUUGAUUCUUCAGAUGAGAAAGUCCUUCUACACAGGGCAACUGAAACGGCCGAGGUCACGAAAUGCAUUAUCAAAGGAGGAUCACUUGUUUGUGGGUUCAAGCAUUUGCGGGAGUUGCGUUCUGUACCCUAUACCCCUUUCACCCUAUGGUUUCCCUUUGUCUCCUUUGUAUCUCGGUGAAGAAGUUGCACACAAUUUCAAAAGGAUUUGUUGCGCUCUUUUACCCGUCGUUCGCCUACUUGUCAUUAUAGAAUCCAGGUGAAUAUAAACUGCAAAGCAAUUCUAGGAGUCAAGUUUCUGCUGGAGGGCG